UUAUUGCAUUAUUACAAUAUAGCUUUCAAGGCAAAGGUCGAUGUAGAAAUAAAUCAUUGAUUUUACCUCUCCAACACAGUGUGGAUUUUAAACAACCUCCUACAAAGAGAAACCGCGGUUCGAUCACUUCCAAUGUUUGCUCAUGCUAGUUUUUUGUGUUAUUUUUUAUUCAUGGUUUUGAAAUGAUUUCAAAACGUGUGUCGGUCAGAAAUAUUUUGGGACUUUUCGGCAUUGGACGACGUUCGGCAUGGCGAAAGUUGGAAUUGACGAGCAGACGAUAGAUGAGAGCGAGCAAGAUUUCAGCGAAAGUCUGUACAUUGAGGACAAUGAGCACAAACCGGAUGUCAGUUUCGACACAGUUGCUGGCUAUGAUAAUGCUCGCAUGGACCAAUCUCUUCUUCCCCCUCCUCCCACGGUAUUUGCUCCUCCUCAGGACUAUGUACAACCAACAUUUACAAGUGCGCCUGUUAUAACAGAAGAUACCGCCAGACAAACCCUGAUUGAGUUUGUCUCUAAACAAACUUGCUGGGGAACAGGAACAGCCAAAAGCCUCACUUUUGAGAAAUUACAAUCAUCCACGUCCUAUCACUACUUUUUAGAAACUUUUACAGAAGAAAGAACUUCUAAAUGGGACCAUGAACCAUUUCGAGGUCAGUUUGUUGACGGAUCACAGAAUGGACCUGCCCCUGGUCCUUGGGAAAUUCCUGCAACGUUUAAGGAGUUUUUCAAAAACGAAACUCAGCAUCAUGAAGUACCCCACACUGCCUUUGUUAGGCCUUGUUUCAGAUGUGAAGCAAAGGGAAAAGUAAAAUGCGAUCGAUGUAAUGGUAGCGGAAGGGUGAAAUGUAGAUCUUGCGGUGGCCGGGGUUCAAAGACGGUGACCCGCAAUGGUAAAAGCUGCAGGGUGAGCUGCUCCUGGUGUUUUCGUGGAAGAGUCACAUGUUCAAAGUGUCGCGGUAGUGGCAAAGUAGUUUGUCCAGCCUGUCAGGGUCAAUGCAAUCUUAAAUGGUUCAUCAAACUCAUCAUUAAUUGGGUGAAUAAUGUAUCGGAGCAUGUUAUAGAGAGGGGGACGAUACCAGCUUAUAUGAUCUCGCAGACCACCGGAACUCUUGGUUUUAACGAAGUGCAGCCCCGGGUACAGCCGGUAGCUAAUUUUCCGGUAGCGGAAGUAAACGAAGUGUCCCACAAUUUUGUGGGCAGUCAUCAGUUCCCAAUGAAGAGGAUUCACAUGCAGCACCACAUGAUUCGUAUGGUGCCAAUGACACAGUGUGUCUGCAGACGCAGAGGAAAGGAAUUUACCUUCUUUGUUUACGGACUGGAGAACAAGGUGUAUGGACCCGACUAUCCCGACCAAUGCUGCUGGGGAUGCACUAUUCAAUAAAUUUAUAUAAUGACCUCAAGCAGCUGGGAGUUUUUUAAAAUUAAACAGACCUUUUGUUUUUAAAGGGUAUUUUGUAAACCUUUGAUUACCACAAAUUUGUAUGUUAGCUCACCUGAACAAAAAGCUAAAGAUAACUAUUUUGAUUUACUUUUACUAUCAUUUGUGAUUAGAGAAUGAAUAUUUUCUUUUGAAACAUAAUAUAUGAGCAUGGAUUUUUUCAUUUAGGUCCAUUUUAGCAAUGUUUUAGCAAUGGCUUUUCAUGAACAAUUAAAAAAAUUUAGGAGAUAUA